AUGCAAUUCCGGCGCUUCCGCGACACGAGCAAUGUCGCGCCAAGCAUUCGCAUUGACUGGUCUCUUUAUGGAGGCGAAGAGUCCGCGCCUCCACUACACGCAGCUGAUGGCAAUGGCGUUUUGAAUGCGACACAGAAAGCCGGGGUUGCCCAACCAUGGAUGCCGUCUAUUCCUGUGGAGACCAUGCGCACAAACGAUUUUUUAUGGUCUUUGAAUGAAGAGCCGCAUAAGACACGGCGCAUUGCCAUUUUGAAAGCACAUCCCGAAGUGCGAAAACUAAUGGGCCAUGAGCCGUUGACCAAAUACGUAACUGUCGCGGUUGUUUGUUUGCAAGUUGCCAUUGCCAUCGGGCUUGCACAAAUAGGCAUGGGCGCGUAUAACUGGCGCUUCCUCCUGACUGCAUACAUCGUGGGCGGCUGUGCAAACCAAAAUUUAUUUCUCGCGAUACACGAAAUCACGCAUAACCUUGCAUUUAAAGGGAUCCGCGCAAAUCGAGUGCUGGCCAUUUUUGCCAACCUUCCCAUUGGGAUUCCGUACGCCAUGAUGUUCAAACCGUACCAUAUCGAGCAUCAUAAAUACCUUGGCGAGGACGGGAUUGACACAGACAUGCCGACGCGCAUCGAACUCCUUUGCCUAAACAAUGUGCUGGGCAAAACUUUUUUUGCGACAUUUCAGCUACUCUUUUACGCACUUAGACCAGGGUUUUUGCGCGCGCAAAAACUAACGUAUUGGCACCUUUUGAGCAUAACGACGCAGCUCAUUUUUAACUUUACGUUGUACAAAAUUACAGGGUCGUGGAUCCCUUUGAUCUACCUCAUUUUAAGUUCUUUUUUCGCCGGAUCGCUACACCCGGUAGCGGGCCAUUUCAUUGCUGAACAUUACAUGUUUAGCAACAUUCAGCAAGAGACGUGGAGUUACUAUGGACCGCUAAACAUUCUUGCUUAUAAUGUCGGAUACCACAACGAACACCACGACUUUCCCUCCAUUCCAUGGACGCGCCUGCCUGCGCUGCACAAACUGGCUUCUGAAUUUUACGACACACUUCCGUGCCAUACUUCGUGGACAAUGGUGAUUUUGGAGUUUAUCUUCAGCGACCACUCAGGGCUGCACAUGCGUAUGCGGCGCAAUCUCUCGGACGUGCAUUCCGAUCGUGGACAAGCAGUAGCAGACGCGCACGGUCAUACCGGAUGGGACGUGCGCUCCCAAGCUUCAUAG